AUGGCUUCAGAACAGAAUAAGGAAUACUUCAACAACGAAGCUGCAGCAUACGAUGCUAAGCACGCAAAAACCUUGGACAGGAUUGUCGAGGAAAUCCGGGCCAGACUUGAUUUCAUUGGAGUCGAGUGGGUAGAUGACGACGCCGAUGCUGGAAGUGUGAGGCUUCUGGAUUACGCCUGUGGUACUGGAGUUGUGUCUAGAGCUCUAGCUCCUUACACCACACAAUGCGUCGGUAUUGAUCUCUCGGAGAACAUGGUCGCUCAGUACAAUGCCAGAGCUGAGAACCAGGGCCUUGCUCGCGACGAAAUGUAUGCCUACCAAGGCAACCUUCUAGAUCCCAACGAUCCUGAUCCCCGAGAGUUUUCCGGCUUCGAUUUUCACCACUUCGAUAUCGCCGUUGUCGGGCUAGGCUUCCACCAUUUUGACGACCCCGCUCUUGCGGCACAGAGGCUGGUCGAGCGGCUCCGGCCUGGCGGUGUUCUAUUGAUCUUGGACUUCUUGCCUCAUAGCAAGGUUGCUGAUGACAGUCAUGCUGCUUCGCAUACUAUCACGCACCAUGGCUUCUCCGAGGAACAGGUCAAGAAGAUUUUCCAAGAUGCUGGCGCCGGAAAGGACUUUGCGUUGGAGACAAUCGGAAUUGCCUUCAACAAGGCCACGGAAAACAGGCCUGAGGAGGUCCGUAGACAGGUCUUCCUUGCGCGUGGUACCAAGGAAUAA